CUGUUGGGUCCACAUUAGGAGACACGACACUAAUUACAUCUACAUCUGAUAUUCCGUCCUCCUCACACGUUAUACCAACCACAACUUCAUUGGAAUCCACAACAGUAACUCAAACGGAUUCUACUACAUCUCUAUGGACUUCUGUUCCAUCCACAGCUGCUGAAUCAACUUCAAAAGUGUCCACAUUGGCAACUGAAAGUACAACAUAUUUCGUCACAACACCACUGGAAACGACUCAGUCAAAUAUUCCAUCCACAUCUUCAGAGACAACACAAUUUUCCUCAACUUCAGAAGAUCCAACAACUACUUUUGCUGAAUCAACACCAAUUCCAUCUUCUACAGCAUCGAACAUCCCUUCCACACCAUCAUCAGAAACUACAGAAAUGGCUUCCUCUACUCCUGUUGGGUCCACAUUAGGAGACACGACACAAAUUACGUCUACAUCUGAUAUUCCGUCCUCCUCACAAAUUACACCAACCACAACUUCAUCGGAAUCCACCACAGUACCUCAAACGGAAUCUACUAUAUCUCUAUGGACUUCUGUUCCAUCCACAACUGCUGAAUCAACUUCAAUAGUGUCCUCAUUGGCAACUGAAAGCACAACAUAUUUCGUCACAACACCACUGGAAACGACUCAGUCAAAUAUUCUAUCCACAUCUUCAGAGACAACACAAUUUUCCUCAACUUCAGAAGAUCCAACAACUACUUUUGCUGAAUCAACACCAAUUGCAUCUUCUACAGCAUCAAAUAUCCCUUCCACAUCAUCAUCAGAAACUACAGAAAUGGCUUCCUCAACUCGUGUUGGUUCCACAUUAGGAGACACGACACAAAUUACGUCUACAUCUGAUAUUCCGUCCUCCUCACAGGUUAUACCAACCACAACUUCAUUGGAAUCCACAACAGUAACUCAAACGGAAUCUACUACAUCUCUAUGGACUUUUGUUCCAUCCACAGCUGCUGAAUCAACUUCAAAAGUGUCCACAUUGGCAACUGAAAGUACAACAUUGUUCGUCACAACACCACUGGAAACGACUCAGUCAAACAUUCCAUCCACAUCUUCAGAGACAACACAAUUUUCAUCAUCUUCAGGUGUUCCAUCGACUACAUUUGCUGAAUCAACACCAAUUGCAUCUUCUACCCUGUCAAACAUCCCUUCCACACCAUCAUCAGAAACUACAGAUAUUAUUUCCUCAACUCGUGUUGGUUCCACAUUAGGAGACACGACACAAAUUACAUCUACAUCUGAUAUUCCGUCCUCCUCACACGUUAUACCAACCACAACUUCAUUGGAAUCCACAACAGUAACUCAAACGGAAUCUACUACAUCUCUAUGGACUUCUGUUCCAUCCACAGCUGCUGAAUCAACUUCAAAAGUGUCCACAUUGGCAACUGAAAGUACAACAUUGUUCGUCACAACACCACUGGAAACGACUCAGUCAAAUAUUCCAUCCACAUCUUCAGAGACAACACAAUUUUCCUCAACUUCAGAAGAUCCAUCGACUACAUUUGCUGAAUCAACACCAAUUGCAUCUUCUACAGCAUCAAAUAUCCCUUCCACACCAUCAUCAGAAACUACAGAAAUGGCUUCCUCUACUCCUGUUGGGUCCACAUUAGGAGACACGACACAAAUUACGUCUACAUCUGAUAUUCCAUCCUCCACGCAAGUUAUACCAACCACAACUUCAUUGGAAUCCACAACAGUAACUCAAACGGAAUCUACUACAUCUCUAUGGACUUCUGUUCCAUCCACAGCAGCUGAAACAACUUCAAUAGUGUCCACAUUGGCAACUGAAAGUACAACAUUGUUCGUCACAACACCACUGGAAACGACUCAGUCAAAUAUUCCAUCCACAUCUUCAGAGACAACACAAUUAUCCUCAACUUCAGAAAUUCCAUCGACUACAUCUGCUGAAUCAACACCAAUUGCCUCUUCUACCCUGUCAAAUUUCCCUUCCACACCAUCAUCAGAAACUACAGAAAUGGCUUCCUCUACUCCUGUUGGGUCCACAUUAGGGAACACGACACAAAUUACGUCUACAUCUGAUAUUCCAUCCUCCACGCAAGUUAUACCAACCACAACUUCAUUGGAAUCCACAACAGUAACUCAAACGGAAUCUACUACAUCUCUAUGGACUUCUGUUCCAUCCACAGCUGCUGAAACGAAUUCAAUAGUGUCCACAUUGGCAACUGAAAGUACACCAUUUUUCAUCACAACACCACCGGAAACGACUCAGUCAAAUAUUCCAUCAACAUCUUCAGAGACAACACAAUUAUCCUCAACUUCAGAAAUUCCAUCGACUACAUCUGCUGAAUCAACACCAAUUGCCUCUUCUACCCUGUUAAAUUUCCCUUCCACACCAUCAUCAGAAACUACAGAAAUGACUUCCUCUACUUCUGUUGGGUCCACAUUAGGAGACACAACACAAAUAACGUCUACAUCUGAUAUUCCAUCCUCCACGCAAGUUAUACCAACCACAAUUUCAUUGGAAUCCACAACAGUAACUCAAACGGAAUCUACUACAUCUCUAUGGACUUCUAUUCUAUCCACAGCUGCUGAAUCAACUUCAAAAGUGUCCACAUUGGCAACUGAAAGUACAACAUUCUUCGUCACAACACCACUGGAAACGACUCAGUCAAAUAUUCCAUCCACAUCUUCAGAGACAGCACAAUUUUCCUCAACUUCACAAGAUCCAUCGACUACAUCUGCUGAAUCAACAGCAAUUGCCUCUUCUACCCUAUCAAAUAUCCCUUCCACACCAUCAUCAGAAACUACAGAAAUGACUUCCUCUACUCCUGUUGGUUCCACAUUAGGAGACACGACACAAAUUACGUCUACAUCUGAUAUUCCGUCCUCCUCACAAAUUACACCAACCACAACUUCAUCGGAAUCCACCACAGUACCUCAAACGGAAUCUACUAUAUCUCUAUGGACUUCUGUUCCAUCCACAGCUGCUGAAACAACUUCAAUAGUGUCCACAUUGGCAACUGAAAGUACACCAUUUUUCAUCACAACACCACCGGAAACGACUCAGUCAAAUAUUCCAUCAACAUCUUCAGAGACAACACAAUUAUCCUCAUCUUCAGAAAUUCCAUCGACUACAUCUGCUGAAUCAACACCAAUUGCCUCUUCUACCCUGUCAAACAUCCCUUCCACACCAUCAUCAGAUACUACAGAUAUUAUUUCCUCAACUCGUGUUGGGUCCACAUUAGGAGACACGACACAAAUUACGUCUACAACUGAUAUUCCAUCCUCCACGCAAGUUAUACCAACCACAAUUUCAUUGGAAUCCACAACAGUAACUCAAACGGAAUCUACUACAUCUCUAUGGACUUCUGUUCCAUCCACAGCUGCUGAAACAACUUCAAUAGUGUCCACAUUGGCAACUGAAAGUACAACAUUGUUCGUCACAACACCACUGGAAACGACUCAGUCAAACAUUCCAUCCACAUCUUCAGAGACAACACAAUUUUCAUCAUCUUCAGGAGUUCCAUCGACUACAUCUGCUGAAUCAACACCAAUUGCAUCUUCUACAGCAUCAAAUAUCCCUUCCACACCAUCAUCAGAAACUACAGAAAUGGCUUCCUCUACUCCUGUUGGGUCCAUAUUAGGAGACACGACACUAAUUACAUCUACAUCUGAUAUUCCGUCCUCCUCACACGUUAUACCAACCACAACUUCAUUGGAAUCCACAACAGUAACUCAAACGGAAUCUACUACAUCUCUAUGGACUUCUGUUCCAUCCACAGCUGCUGAAUCAACUUCAAAAGUGUCCACAUUGGCAACUGAAAGGACAACAUUGUUCGUCACAACACCACUGGAAACGACUCAGUCAAAUAUUCCAUCCACAUCUUCAGAGACAACACAAUUUUCCUCAACUUCAGAAGAUCCAUCAACUACAUCUGUUGAAUCAACACCAAUUGCAUCUGCUACCACAUCAAAUAUCCCUUCCUCACCAUCAUCAGAAACUACAGAAAUUGCUUCCUCUACUCCUGUUGGGUCCACAUUAGGAGACACGACACAAAUUACGUCUACAUCUGAUAUUCUGUCCUCCUCACAGGUUAUAGCAACCACAACUUCAUUGGAAUCCACAACAGUAACUCAAACGGAACCUACUACAACUCUAUGGACUUCUGUUCCAUCCACAGCUGCUGAAACAACUUCAAUAGUAUCCACAUUGGCAACUGAAAGUACAACAUUGUUCGUCACAACACCACUGGAAACGACUCAGUCAAACAUUCCAUCCACAUCUUCAGAGACAACACAAUUUUCAUCAUCUUCAGGAGUUCCAUCGACUACAUUUGCUGAAUCAACACCAAUUGCAUCUGCUACCACAUCAAAUAUCCCUUCCACACCAUCAUCAGAAACUACAGAUAUUAUUUCCUCAACUCGUGUUGGGUCCACAUUAGGAGACACGACACAAAUUACGUCUACAUCUGAUAUUCCAUCCUCCACGCAAGUUAUACCAACCACAACUUCAUUGGAAUUCACAACAGUAACUCAAACGGAACCUACUACAACUCUAUGGACUUCUGUUCCAUCCACAGCUGCUGAAACAACUUCAAUAGUAUCCACAUUGACAACUGAAAGUACAACAUUGUUCGUCACAACACCACUGGAAACGACUCAGUCAAAUAUUCCAUCCACAUCUUCAGAGAUAACACAAUUUUCCUCAACUUCAGAAGAUCCAUCGACUACAUUUGUUGAAUCAACACCAAUUGCAUCUUCUACCGCAACAUAUAUCCCUUCUUCACCAUCAUCAGAAACUACAGAUAUCAUUUCCUCUACUCCAGUUGGGUCCACAUUAGGAGACACGACACUAAUUACAUCUACAUCUGAUAUUCCGUCCUCCUCACAAGUUAUACCAACCACAUCUUCAUCGGAAUCUACCACAGUAACUCAAACGGAAUCAACUACAUCUGCAGGGACUUCUGUUCCGUCCACAGCUGCUGAAACAACUUCAAUUAUAUCCACAUUGGCAACUGAAAGUGUAACAUUGUUUAUCACAACAAAAGCAGCUACUACACAGUCAAAUAUUCCAUCAACAUCUUCAGAGACAACAGUUUCACCAAAUGCUACAACCGCAUUCACAGGUUCCCAAGCAACCACACUUACCUUGUCAACAUCCUCAACAGAAGUGUUACCAACAGCAUCACAGGGUGUAACAGCAACAGGCACAACAGUAUCACCAAUAUUCCAAACCUCAAGUGCAGCCGUACCAUCAACCUCACCAUUGACAGCAUUGACGUCUUCACAAGCGUCAUCAUCAUUACCUUUGACAUUGCCACAAGAGACUUUAACAACAGUUCCAAAUGAGUCAGCGCUAACUCUUUCAUCCUUGACAACUUUAUCGCAAGGUACAACCACAACCGGAUGGACAGGAUCAACAGACACCACAACCUCAUUCACCAACUCCCAAGGCACCACGCUUACUCUGUCGACAUCCUCAACAGAGGUGUCACCAACAGCAUCACAGGGUGUAACAUCAACAGGCGCAACAUUAUCACCAAUAUCCCAAACCUCAAGUGCAACCAGACCAUCAACAUCACCGUGGACAGCAUCGAUAUAUUCACAAGCGUCACCAUCAUUGCCUUUCACGUUGCCACAAGAGAGUUUAACAACGUCAGUUCCAUAUGAGUCAACGCCACCUCUUUCAUCCUUGACAACUUUAUCGCAAGGUACAACCACAACCGUAUGGACAGGAUCAACAGACACCACAACCACAUUCACAGGCUCCCAAGGAACCACACUUACCCUGUCAACAUCCUCAACAGAGGUGUCACCAACAGCAUCACAGGGUGUAACAUCAACAGGCGCAACAGUAUCACCAAUAUCCCAAACAUCAAGUGCAACUGUACCAUCAACAUCACCGUUGACAGCAUUCCCAUCUUCACAAGCGUCAUCAUCAUUACCUUUGACAUUGCCACAAGAGACUAUAACAACAGUUCCAAAUGAGUCAACGCCAACUCUUUCAUCCUUGACAACUUUAUCGCAAGGUACAACCACAACCGUAUGGACAAGAUCAACAGACACCACAACCACAUUCACAGGCUCCCAAGGAACCACACUUACCCUGUCAACAUCCUCAACAGAGGUGUCCACCAACAGCAUCACAGGUAGGUGUCACCAACAUCACAGGUGUAACAUCAACAGGCUCAACAGUAUCAUCAGACACCACAACUCCAUUCACAGGCUCCCAAGGAACCACACUUACCUUGUCGACAUCCUCAACAGAAGUGCCAUCAACAGCAUCACAGGGUGUAACAUCAACAGGCGCAACAUUAUCCCCAAUAUCCCAAACCUCAAGUGCAACCAGACCAUCAACAUCACCGUGGACAGCAUCGACAUCUUCACAAGCGUCACCAUCAUUGCCUUUCACGUUGCCACAAGAGAGUUUAACAACGCUCCCAAGGAACACAAUUACCUUGUCGACAUCCUCAACAGAAGUGCCAUCAACAGCAUCACAGGGUGUAACAUCAACAGGUACAACAACAACCGGAACGACAGAAUCACCAUCCACUACAACCGCAUUCACAGGCUCCCAAGGAACCACACUUACUCUGUCGACAUCCUCAACAGAGGUGUCACCAACAGCAUCACAGGGUGUAACAUCAACAGGCGCAACAGUAUCACCAAUAUCCCAAACAUCAAGUGCAACCGUACCAUCAACAUCACCGUUGACAGCAUUCCCAUCUUCACAAAGCGUCAUCAUCAUUACCUUUGA